UCUUAAGGGUAAUCGCAGAGUACAUAGAUUGCAUAGGGCAGUUCAAAUCAGAGUUAGAUGAGCGGCAAAGGAGGAAAUUUGGGAUGUCAACAAAAGUGUUGCUCAGCAGUAUGUUACCCAUCAAACAGAAGUAACGUUUCAAUACAGAAGUAAAGCAAACAGAGAAAGACUCAGGCAGUUUGUUCUACUUAUACAGAGAUAACAGCUCCAAAUGGAUAAAAUGGUUUACUGAAGCAUACUCCAGGGAAAAGUAUAAUAUACUUGAGAAUGUUUAUGGGGUAAUACUGAAACAGUUCAUUUUUGCAAGGCAACUCUAAUAGAUUUUACAUUUGCAAAAUAAAAGAGAAACACUAAACUGAACUUAUUCUUUGCAUAAUGACAGCUACUCUGAAAUGUGCUAUGUGGAUACUGUUUACAGGCAUUCUUUUGGAAUUCUGGAAUGAAAACUGGGCAGCAGAUACAAGUCUACCAAGGCUGCGACUAUCAUACAAAGAGCUAGGGAAGUUAAACAGAACACGUAUAUUCCAUGGCCCUCAUGGAUUUCCUGCCUUAAAAACAAUGUUACUGGAUGAAUAUCAAGAGCGGCUGUUUGUUGGAGGUCGCGACAUGAUAUAUUCUCUGAACCUGGACCAAAUCAAUGAGGGCUCCAGAGAGCUAUAUUGGCCUACCACAACAGAUAAUGGGGAGGCGUGCUUAAUGCAAGGAAAGGAACCGAAAGAAUGUGCUAAUUACAUCCGAGUACUCCAGCACUACAACAGAACUCAUUUGUUAGCGUGUGGUACAGGAGCUUUUGACCCAGUCUGUGCAUAUGUACGAGUUGGGCACAGGACAGAGGACCACAUCUUUGAAUUGGAAUCCCACAAAAUAGAAAGAGGAAGAGGGAGAUGUCCUUUUGACCCCAGCUCUUCAUACACUUCAACUUUACUGAAUGGCAAGCUAUUUGUUGGACUCUAUGCUGAUUAUUGGGGAAGAGAUGCAGCCUUGUAUCGUUACACAGGGCAACACUCAAGCAUCCGGACAGAACCUGAUAAUGACAGACUAUUGAAUGAACCCCGGUUUGUUAGCGCCUUUGAGAUUCCUGACACUGAUGACCAAGACGAUGAUAAAGUAUAUUUCUUCUUCAAUGAAAAAGCAAUCGAAGCUGUUGGAGAAACCAAAGCCAUUUACACACGAGUGGGAAGAGUUUGUGUGAAUGACAUAGGAGGGCAGAGAACACUGGUAAAUAGGUGGAGCACAUUCCUGAAAGCCAGACUGGUUUGCUCAGUGCCUGGACCUAAUGGAAUUGAAACGCACUUUGAUGAAUUAGAGGAUGUUUUCUUGUUACGUACCCAUGAUGAGAGAAAUCCAGAGAUAUUUGCACUUUACAGCACUACCAGUAAUGUGUUCAAAGGCUAUGCAAUUUGUGUCUACAAAAUGGCUCAUAUAAGAGAAGCAUUUAAUGGGCCAUAUGCACAUAAGGAAGGACCAGAGUACCAGUGGGCAGCAUAUAAUGGAAAAGUGCCUUUUCCAAGACCUGGUUCUUGUGCAAGCAAGAUUAAUGGAUGGCAGUAUGUCAGCAGUAAAGAAUACCCUGAUGAAGUCCUGCAUUUUGCAAGAUAUCAUCCUCUUAUGUACAGAUCUAUUUAUCCUUUCCAUAUGAAGCCAGUCCUUUUAAGAACUGAUGGAAAAUAUAGCCUGCGUCAGUUAGCAGUGGAUCGAGUAGAAGCUGAAGAUGGACAGUAUGAUGUGCUCUUCAUUGGAACAGAUGAAGGAAUUGUUCUGAAAGUGAUAUCAAUUUACAACCAAGAGAUUGAAACUAGAGAAGAGAUUAUUUUAGAGGAGCUGCAAGUGUUCAAGAUACCUGUGUCAAUCACUUCAAUGGAGAUUUCUGUCAAGAGGCAACAACUCUACGUUGUAUCUGAAGCGGGUGUAGCCCAAAUGAAACUCCAUCAGUGUGAUAUGUAUGGUACGGCUUGUGCAGACUGCUGUUUGGCUAGGGAUCCUUACUGUGCCUGGGAUGGUGUAUCAUGCUCUCGGUAUUUUCCCAGUGGAACACUGUCUAAAAGACGGUUUCGCAGGCAAGAUGUCCGACAUGGAGAUGUAGCUCAGCAGUGCUAUGGACAAAUAGUACAUGGGGAGAUGUACAAUAAAACUGAAGAAAGUUUGGUAUAUGGCAUAGAAAACAACAGUACUCUCCUUGAAUGUAUCCCAAGAUCACUGCAAGCUAAGGUUCUCUGGUUUGUUCAAAAGAACCCUGACACUAGGAAACAAGAGCUGAAGGCUGAUGACAGAGUUCUCAAAACUAACCUGGGUCUGCUAUUUCUAAAGCUGAAAAGAGCAGAUGCAGGAAGUUAUUUUUGCCAGACAGUGGAGCAUAAGUUUACUGAUACAAUAAAGAAAAUCAACCUGGAAAUCUUGGAGGAAGACAGGCUAGAAGAGAUGUUUCAUAAGGAAGAAGAUGAAGAGAUACACCAAAGAACACAAUGUUCUCCUCAAACAACUACAAAUCAAGGAACAAAACCUUGGUAUAAAGAAUUCCUGCAAAUAAUUGGAUAUAACAAUUUUCAGAGGAUUGAAGAGUACUGUGAGAAAGUGUGGUGCUCUGACAAGAAGAGGAAAAAGCUAAAAAUGUUGCCAACCAAAUGGAAAAAUCCAAGUCACCAAGAUAAGAAAAAUACACGAACUAAAGCAGAGCAUUACAGAAUGCCAAGACAUACGUCUCAUGCAUAAUAAGACCUUGGAUGAUCUACAGUAUCAUGCAUAUGUUACUAUGCAAACAUAAAGACUGAGGGAAUCCAUGUAGGAAACCAAAAAGGUGCAUAUGAACCAUUGUUUAAAAAAUCAGGCAGAGUAGAUACAGGACAAACCAAGAUAAUUUUUCAUGGUCUAGUACUGAUGUAGUUUUAACUUUUCUACAGUUUUUGAAUAACUAUUUAAGUUUCCUUUGUUUGACAUUAUUUAACAUAGCUCAGUUUUGACAUUCACCCAUAACUACUGUAUUGGAAUAUGUAAAUUGUGUAUUUCUGAAAAGUUUCACAAGAAACCAGGGCUAUUAAAUGAUUAAUUAUUUAAAAUA